AGUGACCUUGUCUCCAUCUCGGCUGAGGAUAGUUGCCUUCACAAACUCUUCCACUGAAUCCGGGACAAAGCAUUCCUUCUUUAUGUCGAAGGGACGUGUGGAGGCCUCCAUACGCUCCCUGUCUGACUUCCUCAGCAGCAGCACAGGGCAGAGGAGCGGCAGCAGGCAACUGUUUGUGUUGUCAGCCAGUGUUUUAUGGAGGAUUAGAGCUGAGAUCCUACAGCUGACAGUUCUGACUGAUUGGACGCCACACAGAUAGCAGGGCCUUUAAUGGAUCUGCACUGGGAGAAGCAGCACAGGGAGGGCACCAUUUCACAAUGCAAGUCACCUGAGGAUGCUUCAUGUGAUGAGGUACAGACAUUGCAAUGACACCUUACAGAGAGAAACUCAGCAACCCCGAAGGUUCCAUCUGAGCAGCUCUAACAAAAAAAACUCCCAUUUAACAAGAAGAAACCUCCAGCAGAACCAGGCUCAGGGAGGGCAGACUUCUGCCUCGACCAGGUGGGGUAAAGGGAAAGCGCUGUAUGUCUGAGUGCUAAACUGAGCAGCUGGCUCUGAGUUAUACCAGCACACACUUUCAUAACAUAGAAAUGCACCAUGUGACCUGGUUAUUAGAGGAGUUUGGACAACAGCACUGUUGCUAAAGUUAGAUAUGACAUAUUAGCAAAUGUAUGUGUGUUCUUGUAUCGAUGUAGGGAUACAAACACAAACAUGCAGCAUAAUGAAAAACAACUCCCUGUUGGGAAAUGUAUUUAAUUUUACAGUAAACACUUAGAGUAAGGGCCGGGUCAGACCAGUAUUGGUUAUGGUUAAAUUAUUUCAUGUUCUCCAUUACUCAUGAGUGUAAGCCUCCUCACAGUAAUGUAAUGUCACAGGCCAUCCACAGAGUGUCAGUAUUUUUUAAUCUAUCAUCACUCAAACUUCUCAGGGCUUCUUCUGUUCUCACUGUAUCUGGGCUCCAAUAAAUUAUACUGUAGAUAUAUUUGUAGAGAAGACAGUGAGUAGAGUACAAAAUAAUGAACUCAUGGAGAACUCAUGGAGACAAAAGACAAACCUAUAGAAACUAUACAUUCCUCUUUUAUAUUGAUUUCUUAAAUAUUUCCUUUUUUUGUUACUCCUUAAUUUAGUCAAUGUAUGUUGCAGCUGGUCAGAGUUCUGCUUUAUAAAAUAUAUCUUCCCAGGGGUUUAGAUCAGAUCAGACACCAGUUUUUGUGUUGAAGUAUUCUGAUAGCUGCUAUGAGCAAAUGUUAAACACAUUUUCACUUUUUUGAGGAACAACGCGUACAUUUUUUUUCCAGUUUUCUACUAUAGAACUACACGGCUGCGCAUCAGCACUUGUGAGUACCUCAUAACUCAUCUAUUUAAUAUGUUCUUCAAUGAUUCUUCCACCUCAGUUUGAAGAGAUUUUUUUUUGCUUAAAGUAGCGAUAGCAUAUUUUAACUAUGAAAUAUGUUGUACUAUAAUGACUUUGUUCACCCAGUAUCUACUGAGUAUGUACAGAAGUACUGAGAGUACUACUGUUUCCAGUAACAUGUCCAGUUGCUACUUCUUUUUGUUCUAUAGUCUAGUUUUCUUCCACUGUAUUAUCCAUUUUUACCUCAGUGCCAGCAGAUGUCAGCAGCACUGCAUCUACUGAAAUGUGAAAUGAGAGUGAACACAUAUUAGAGCUCGAUGUUAUUCUAGGAGGUGCUGUUCCAGUCCCAUAGUGUCCAUAGAAGUAUUAUUGGCAGUAAAAUUACUUUUUACAAAGAGGUUUCUACUGUUUCAGGUUUUUCUUCAAAUUUCUGCACAGAGAUUGCUCCAUAAUGAAAACUUUAGAGUUUGAAGAACUAGUUUACGUGUCUUUAGUCAGUUUUUUUUUUGGUAUCUCACUAGUAUCAUAGGAUAUCUGUUGCACUUCUUUUCAGAUACAGUACGUCAUGUUUAUGCACCUGGACAUGUCAUCAGUGAUGCUUCCUGAGGACAGCAGGUGGUUUGGGUUUUUAAACAUCACACAUCGGCGCCCAGGUGGCACUGCAAGUGUGGAUCAAGGUGUGCCAACAUGUAUUUAUUACAUAACAAAGUGACAUAUCUGUCAAAAUAUAGCUUUUAAUGUGAGUCUGAAACAUGUCAGAUUAAUGUUCGCCCAUCCUUUUGUUAUACUUGCGUUAUCCUGUAGUGGGUUGCAGGGGGCUGGAGGAAUGAAACAGAAAAGUUUGACUAUUUGACACAUGCAAUUCAGGUCACAAUCUUACAGUAGCUGACUGUUAAUUAUAGAUCCGUCAGUGAACUUUUAACAGUAAUUUGGUGUUCUCAGACAUUGUCUCAGUAUUUAUAGAUGAAAAACAAAUGCAGUAACUUAAGAUAUUUGACUUGACUGCUCCACUUCUCAGCAUGUGGUCCGAAGAAAGAGCCGGAAGACAUUUAACACUUGGAAACCAGCUCAGGAUUUAUUUCUGUACGAACAGCAGCAGCUUCAGAACCCAAACUGACACACAGGAGCGCUCAGCUGAGUCAGACAUUUCAGAGCUACAAGGUACAGGAUGGGACAGUAAUUGAUUAUAGUAAUAGGAAGAAAAAAUUAAGACACCAAUGACAUGAAUCUCGUGUAAAUAUAGCAAAUACAUCUCAAAGAAUGUUGGAAUUUUAGGGGCUAAUGUGUAAUGAAUUCAGGGCAAAUUUGAAGUCAGAGUGAUUGACAAAGCUCAAGUCCCUUAGCCCAAAAUCUUGCAUCUUCUGACAGAAAGAAAGAAAGGCGGGAUAUUUAAUUCUAAUUAAGCCAGAAGUCAUAUUAGUCAAACAUGCCUUGACCUUUCUUUAACAGUGUGCAUGUUGGUGAUGUAGGCAGAAACAAGGUGGUCUCAGUCCAGUAGUUAAUGUGCUUCUCAAAUGAACAUUUUUGUUCAAAUUUCAGCCACUUUUUACACUUCUUUUUAAGCUUCUUGAUUGGAAUCUCUGUCACAGCCGGAUUUGCUGCUAGCAUAACCCAAACCAUCACCCAGUUGUGGGGUCGGCCCAUCUGAAGAAGAGUUGGAACCACAUUCCAUGUUGUCCACUGGGUGACUUUGCCCCAAAAUAUGUUUUGAUCUGUUGUGUAGGACUAGAUGUUGAUAUCCCUUCUUGCAUACAUGCGACGCCUAAGACUCUGUAGGAUGGUCCAGUGAGUGAGGGCAUCUUCUGGGUUAUCAAGUGGGCGCCCGCCUUCCCCUGUGUUUCGCUGACAGGCCCAUGACACCUCCAGAGGGUUCAGCAGUGAAUCCCAGUGUCCCAGGUUCACCCCCUAGAUGCCAUCUACUCAAUUGAAGGCCCAGGUGUAGUCCUUGUUCUUCAUCCACAGCCACUGACUUCCCUUUUCAGUAGCUCUGGAGAGGUCUUUGAUCACCUGUGGUGGGCCUUCCUGUGUACUCCCAUUUCCAGGGCACUGUGAGCUCAAUGAUGUAAAGGUGCCUAAGCGAAGUUGACCAUAGCACCAGGUCUGGUCGUAGUUUGGUGGAUGCAAUCUCAGGUGGGAAGCAGAGCUUUUGGUCCAGGUUGUACAGCAUCCUCCAAUCACAAGCUCCUCUCAGCUGGCCAGGUCUUGGUCUUGAGGUGGCGAGACAGGCUCGACCCUCACCCUCCCGGACAAAUGUUGUUUCUUGCCAUUGGGUCGAUGUGGGUGGAAGGGCGUUAACACUCAUCUGCUGCGUUUUCAGCACUAGUGCUAGACACUUUCAAUAACCAGUUUAUACUUCCACAGUGCAUGCAGUUUUUACAUCACCUUGCUUGAAUCAGUGCACCAGCACAAUUGACUGGUUCACAGCUGUUGUUAAGGAGACUACUGGUUUUCUGAAGGGGGCAGAACAUGUGUCACACAAUUGUCAUCUUUGACCUUACUGAAUUCUGCCAUAGAGUUCUAUUUUGGAUUCUUUUAGUGGUGAGUCCCAACAUACCAUUGGACAUUUCUAACCAUUCAGUAAAUCCUGUCGUUAUCACGGCCACACAUCAAACAACAUAACACCAAACAUACAUUUUUCACAAUUUCAGAUAAAUAUACACACAUUAGCCCCCAUCUGCUAAUGUACCCGUUAAAAAAACUUUACCAGAGACUGAAUAUGGCAUGUUUGACUGCCAGAUUUCUGAUCAAUAACCUGCUUCUAGAUCAUCACAUCGAUUGUGUGUUUUUUCACAUUGCUGAACAGUGACCGACCAGCUGCCACUAUUGAAGCUUCAAUCACCAAACUAUACUGUGCCAUUCAUUUGUUUGUUGAACCCAAACACUAUUUUUAUAACCUGAUAUCACAGCAAAAGAGAAAGGAUAGUAAAUGUGGGUAAAGUGUGUUACCUCCCACUGAUUGACAGAGACGGCUGCAACAGCUGAGUCUCAGCCCAGAUACAGUACAAAGGUUACUGCUAUUAAUACACACAAACACACACACAUAAUGUGAAUGUGGCAUAUUGCAUUUAAUUGAUGACACUGAAUUCAUGACACUGCUCUUCUCAGCGUUGCUCAGCCUCUAACUUCUGCUCUGUGUUAAAGUGAAAUAAGUCAGAAACCCUGACACGCCCACAUUAACACCAAGGAAUCUCUGUUAACGUUUCAACCUUCAGCUACCUCAGGAGGCCUGCAGACAUAUGACAGGGCGAGAACAUGCUCUGUAUUUUUAUAUGUGUGUGGUGGAGAGGGGAGGUGUCAGUGACAGGGAGAAGAGUAGAGAAGCUACAGUUAUAAUGAAGAUAGUUUGAAGACUAUUCUGAAGCUACAACUGUUGGACAUCUCAGGGUGGAUCACAGCAGUGGACAUUUAAAUUCUGCAGAAGCAGCCUGGAGGGUUGGACAAUGACAGUCGCUGCACAGCAAGAAAACUGAAAGGAGAACCCGCUGCGUUAAAUCAGAGAACAGCUCAACUCUCUUUUACCAGCAGCUACAAAUACCGAGGAGAGAGGGUUUACCGAGCUGCAGCUGGACUACACUGAAGCUACAAGCAGUUAGCUGUGUUAGCAUGCUGCUCUGAGUCAGCAGAAGUGCUGCUGGACUGGAGAACUUCAGGGCUGGAUUUCACAGUGGGCACUCAUUUGGAAUCUGGGGAAUGCUGGAAGCCAGUUGUCAUUUCAUUCAUGUUGUACAGUUCAAACUCUACGCAUGGAUGCAGAAAGAUAGCAGCUAACAGCGGUGGAUUUCACCUGUUUUUACUGGACGACCAGCAGCUUUGGAUUUCUACAGAAUCAGCCACCAACAACCAUCAAUGCAACAAAGGAUCUGAUCUCAGACUUUGAAAGAUAUAAUUUAGUUCAGUUGCAAGAAGACUUGUUUUUACACUUUUCUGCUCCAUUCUGGUGCACAUGAACGGACAACAUAAAAUGCUGAGUAGCUCUUAUUUACAGAGAGGUCACCCCCAGUCAACAGUGUGUUAAGUGCAUUCUGUAGAGGAUUUUAGCCUUAUCACAUGAAACAGUGCAUGCUCCUGAGUCUGGGGUGGAUAAUCUACACAAACACACUGCUGCAUUCAGAGCCAGCAGCAGGUGACCUUCAUACUUCAGCUUAGAUCUAGUCAGAGUUGGGUUCUGGGUCCAGAUGUUCCUCAACACGGUGCUGGUGGUCCUGACGGACCUGGCGGCCAGGUUCCUGGGUAACACCGCGUUCCGGCAGCACUUCCACCUGCUGCUGUCGGCGAUGGUGAUGUUCGGUCCUGCACUCAGCUUCUGGGUGUCUCAGCACAGCAUCUUCGCCAAGAGAAGCCACUUCCUGUACAGGAUGUUCCUUCGCUCCGGUUGGGGUUGGACAUGCGUCUUCGUCGGCUCUUUCGUCUUCCUCCUGUCCUUCUCCAUCCGUCGUUCCCUCUCCCUCUCCCUGCGUCACCUCUCCAGACUCGGGGUGGCGGGAGGCCUGUGGCUUGGUUUCUGCAAACUCCUGGACCUGCUGGAGAACGCUACAGGAAGCUGCUAUGAAUCUUUACACGCAGGCCCAGAUGUGGCCAACGGACAGCCUCUGCUGGUGCUGCGAGAGGACGAGAGCAAGUCUGAGUGCCUCAAAGCUGGGAUGCUGUGGAGGGGCUAUGAAGUUUCAGAGGACGUCUUCCUCUUGUGUCUUUGCUGCCUGCUGCUGGCAGAAGAAACAGCUGUGUUUGGCCCUUAUCUGAAUCUGGGGGGGAUGUCAGACGCUCCUCUGAGGAUCCUCUUCCUGUUCUGCGUUCUCCUGCUCGCGCUCUGGAUCUUUCUACUGCUUUGUCUCUUAGCUUACUUCCCUCAGUUCCCCACUCAGCUGCUAGGGGGCGCUCUGGGCUGCCUCAGCUGGAGGGGUCUGUAUCAGGGCUGGUACCGCAUGGGGCCCAGCUGGUACUGCCCCGGGAGGCCUGGUCUGGGGCUGCUUAACACCAAGACCAGCAGUACUGAAGCAGAAGAGGCCCAACCCAACCAUGACCGCUGCAAUUAACUUUCAACAUUCAAACAUCUAAGAGCUGAAAUGAGUAAAAUCCUGAACAAAAAGAUGGGCAACAGGACUUUUGAAAGUGUCAGUCAGGGUCUUUUAAUGUAUUUCAGCGUAGCAUCUCUACGUUUGUCAUUAAAGGGUGUCUCUUCUUUAAUGUGUUAAUUUGGAGUCACAGAAGACAACAGCUGAGUCUCCUCAAGACUACAGAGUGAAUAUAAAAGGUGGACGCAGCCUCCUGGUCUGAAAGAAGCUCCUUAAAACUCAGUUCUAACAGCCAGUAGGGGGCGACUCCUCUGGGUGCAAAAAAAAGUCAGAUUGUCUGAGAAAAUGACCGGACUUCUUCCUUGAUCUGUCAGCUCAGGAAACAUUUCCCUGUUGAGUCCCAUUUAGAGUAAAUUAGAUGGUGAAGUAGGAUAUGUUUUAGGGCUACCUUGUGAUUAAAAUGUCCUCGUGUUUUCUGUCAGAUCCACCCCAGGGUCAAAAGAUGGGGAGUUGUGGACGAAUAAAAUAACAAAAUUGUCA